GCCGAUCGUGUAGUAGUCUGGUCUGGAACAAACCUUGAUGUCAUCCUUAAUGAGACCGGGGCCUUCAAAUGAGAGCUGCUCGGGUAAGUGAGAUAGGCACAAAGGAUGCACCCCUCGCCUUAGAUCCGAGAGCAAAUAGUUCACGUCGUGGAAGACGGAUAUAUAGGAGUGCGUCGAGAUGGACGGCUUACCUCGGCCUCGCGAAUAGUAUCGCCGCGGACGAUUUGGAGUGCCUCGCGGGGAGGGCUUACCUCAGCCUCGUAGAAGAGGAAAUAAAAUCUCGUCGUGGGAGACGAAUUGGAGUGCAUCGCGGCGGACCGGCUAGCUUAGGUGAUGGCGCCGGCGAGCUUCAACCAUCAGUGCCGGCGUGCUCCAGCCCGUUCCGGCACUCGACGCAACACAACGGCGAGGAAGAUGUAUUGAGUGCGCAGCUUCGUCGAGGACUGUCUGGGGCAGCAGCUUCAAUUUCCAAUUGGAGGGAGGGAGCACGCGCUGGGGGUCUCCAUGUUGUCUUCUCGUCGGCAGUAGGGAUUGCAGGUCACGCCGCUGGUCGCCGGUUCUCGUCGGAGACUGUGGACCACAGGGACAGCGACGCCCUUAGCCGCCGUCAAAUCCAGAGCCGUUACUAAAUCUGAAGUUGCUGUUGUUGACCCCUGUUGGUCGUCGCGUCCGUACGGUCGUUGCCGGUGGACUGUGUGGCUAGAGCAAGAGCAGAUGCCGGUCGGUGGUCGUCAAUUGGCCCCUGGGAUGAUGGAUCUGCAGUAGAUCUACGGCGUGGCUCUCCCGUUGUGCUUCAAAGCCGGCGGUGGUCUUCCGUGUGCCAAUGGAAGAUCGAAAGACUAAAGUUUUGCGGGAGUGGGACGACGUCGCAGUCAGGCUGGCAGCCGGCAUCGGUGAAGAUGCGGUGACUCGUCUUCGCCCUUCGGUCUUCCGCGCGUUUCAGUUUGUCGGCUAGGACUGGACUGUGAA